GAAGGCCGUAGUUUUCAGUAAAUACGGACUGUUCAAUAUUUACUGAAGUCAGGCGUAACCCCGUGUGUUUAGUUUGUGGUGAACUGGUCGCCGUCUUCAAGGAGAAUAACGUGAGUCGGCCUGACGAGACGAAGCAAGCGGGAAAAUCCAUACAUUUGACUGAGGGCGGGAGAAGGCAGCUUUCGAACAUUUCCUAGCGAAGCUCUAAACACAACAAGGCUAUUUUACCAAGCUACACGCAGCCCGGGAAGGAGCCACCAGAACCAGCUUUGGAUAGUCCACAGCAUCCCUCAGAACACUAAACCAUUCUCGGAGGGGAAUUUGUUCAAGAGUGCUUGGUGAACUCCACGGCGCUAAUAUGUCCAGAGCAACAACAUCUGGAUCAACUCCAGACACUCCUCCAGGAAUGCAGAGCAUGUCAUCCACCGCCAAGUACAGACAUGACAAGUUAAGAGGCUACAGUCAUCCAAGAACCCAAUGUUAAUGCUGCUGUGGCAAGACAACAGGGGUGAUGGAUAAACUGACCUGCGAGAUCAUGUACCUGACCAAAUAUGCAAACAUUGAUUUUUUAAAAAGAAGAGACAGGGCUUUAAGGUAAUGUUAUGAAUACAUGAAUGCAUUCAUUAUUUUCAUUAUUUCCUCCUCUCUGCAUAAUCUACGUGGGUUUUUAACCUCCUUUCAUGACAUUGAGUAACUGUAGGUGAUAAUCUGUUCUACUAUUCUCCCACUAGAGGUCACUCUUGGGCUGGGUUGUUAACCGCAACGUAGUUAAGUAAUGGUAGUAAUUAUUAAUUUUGCGCAUCCUCAUUCUGUGACGAAUUUAAAAAAGGAAAAUUUAAAGGAAACGGUUGUUAUAACCUAAUUUCGGGUCGAUUUGGCUUUUUUUACUCAAUUAUCAUCAACUACAACGCUUCAAAAUACGAUGGGCUUUUUUUUAGUCAAAUAUUCCAAAAGCCUUUUUCAAAAUCCGGUAUUUGCGUCCGUACACGACACAGAAUGGCAUUACAAUAUUGCACACUAUAUACACAUACUGCACUUCCUAUACCUUGAAUGAUUAAAAAUACGUUAACUGUUCAUAAAACCAUGUGUAAUCAAUUCUGUAAUUUUAUUUAAGCGAAUGUCGUACUUUGUGUACUAUUUUAUAGAUGACUAAAUACACGCAUCGUGUCACUGUGUUGAUUUGUUUCGGAGAAAAUCUUGACUAAGCUGCUGUGCGAUUGACUUCAUUACCCCUAAUGCUUUGCUCUACUCUGCAGUGAUGUGGGGCGUGGAGCUCGAGUGACUGUGUGCGUGCGUGCUUUCUCGUGUGCUCGUGUAGGCUUGUGCGUACGUCUAUGCGUGCGUGUGUGCGUGCGCAUAAGUGCGUGUGUUGUCGGUAGGAGGAUCUGUCUCUCGGAGGCGCACACCCGUGUGCCGAACGCAGCAUCAUUGAACGGAAGGCAGAAGGAUGUGGAUCCAUUGGGCGUGCAAAAAGAAGAUAUGAGAGAGAAAUAUCUGCCUUUUUGUCUUGGACGCUGGGGGAUUUUUCUGGCUACAUGUAUGGACACGUAGCGGGAAUGGAGCGUCGAGCCACCUCAAGCCAGCCAUGUCAAAGAAUAAGAGCAGUGAGUCGGUUAAAGUGGUUGUUCGAUGUCGACCUCUGAACCGAAAGGAGGAGUCCAACGGUCCUUCCGGGGAGAUCGUUCAGAUGGACCUGCGACUGGGACAGGUGAUCCUCAGGAAUCCUCGAGCGUCGCACAGCGAACCGCAAAAAACGUUUACAUUUGACGCAGUUUACGACGGCAAUUCCAAACAACGAGAUCUGUACGACGAGAGUGUUCGGCCUCUGAUUGAUUCUGUGCUAGCCGGUUUCAACGGGACCAUAUUUGCUUACGGACAGACCGGAACGGGGAAGACGUACACCAUGCAGGGGAUGUGGUUGGACACGGAGAAACGGGGUGUGAUACCCAACGCCUUUGACCACAUCUUUACGCACAUCUCACGCUCGCAGUCCGAUAAACAAUACCUGGUACGGGCGUCCUACCUCGAAAUCUAUCGUGAGGAGAUCCGAGAUCUUCUGGAUCCCAGCCACGCCAGCGCCCGGGGACUGGAGCUUAGAGAGAGUCCGGAAACUGGAGUCUACGUCCCGGACCUCACCUCUUGCGUCUGCAAGAGUAUCAAGGAGAUCGAGGAGGUGAUGAACGUGGGAAACCAAGCCAGGGCGGUUGCGGCCACCCACAUGAACGAGUAUUCCUCCAGGUCCCACGCCUUGUUCCUGAUCACCGUGGAGUGUGGCCAACCCGGUCCAGACGGGAGGAAGCACAUCCGGGUCGGACGACUUAACCUGGUGGAUCUGGCCGGCAGCGAGCGGCAGGCCAAGACAGGCGUCCAGGGGGAACGCCUGAAGGAAGCGGCGAAGAUAAACCUUUCUCUGUCCGCGCUCGGGAACGUGAUAUCCGCACUCGCCGACGGGCGCAGCGGCCACGUGCCGUACCGGGACUCAAAGCUGACCCGUCUUUUGCAGGACUCAUUGGGCGGUAAUGCCAAAACCGUCAUGGUCGCCACUUUAGGUCCUGCCCCCCAACACUACGACGAAACCCUCACCACUCUUCGCUACGCCAACCGAGCCAAGAACAUCCAGAACCAGCCUCGAGUCAACGAGGACCCCAAAGACGCUCUCCUCCGAGAGUUUCAGAGGGAGAUUGCUCGGCUCAGGGCCCAGCUCAACCACAGGAAGUGGAGGAACAAGCAGAAGAAGGAGCGGUCGGAUGACCAGGCCUCAGAUCCAGAUGGGGAUGAAGACGGCGAGUGUGAGGAAGAGGAGCAAGUGGAGAAGGACGCUGAGGACUACGUGAAGCGAGAAGAGCAGCGUCUGGAGAGGGAGAAGGAGGCCAUCAGAGGGGAUCGAUCACUCUUGGCUGAUGAGAAGCAGAGACUUCUUGGCGAGAAAGAGAGGAUGAUGGGGGAUCUUCGGAAGGAGCAGGAAGCCACCGAGCAACUGACUGCCAAGUACAAGGCAAUGGAGAGCAAGCUGCUGGUCGGCGGGAAGAACAUCAUAGAUCACACCAAUGAGCAGCAGAAGAUGCUGGAAGUGAAAAGGCAGGAAAUUGCGGAGCAGUCGCGCAACGAGAGGGAGAUGCAGCAGCAGAUGAUGGUCCAGGACGAUGAGACGCUGGAGCUGAGGGAGACUUUUACUUCUCUGCAGCAGGAGGUCGAGGCCAAAACCAAGAAACUCAAGAAGUUGUACGCCAAGCUCCAGUGCAUCAAAGCGGAGAUCCAGGAUGUCAAUGACGAGCACGUGAGGAGUCGUCAGGAACUGGAGCAAACCCAGAACGAGCUCACUCGAGAGCUCAAAUUCAAGUAUUUAAUCAUCGAGAACUUCAUCCCUCCAGAGGAGAAGAAUAAGAUUAUGAGCAGAAUGACCUUUGACCCCGAAGAGGACCAAUGGAAGUUCCAGCCUCUGGUUCCCGCUGAGAGCAAACCCCUGCAGAUGAAGAAACGGCCAACAUCUGCAGUAGGCUACAAAAGACCGAUCAGCCAAUAUGCCAGGGUUGCCAUAACGAUGGGCGCGAAUAACAGAUUCAGGGCUGAGAACAUCAUGUUUCUGGAGCUGGACAUGAACCCUCCAAACACCGCCUCAUUGGGUCGCUUCAAGGAUGCAGAGCUGAACCAAAGCUCCUCCGUGGACAACUCUCCGACCAACGACGGAGGCGUUCACAAAUCUCGAUCUUGGUAUCAAAGCCAAAAGUCUCUCACUUCUUCCUCUUCCAAUGUUUCCCUUUCGGCUUGUACCACUGCCACGCCAGCGUCGGCGCAGUGAAACGCCGAAGCUUUAGCAACGCGGGUUUUUAAUUGUUAUUCAUUUUGCUGCAAAAUACGGUGCUGGGACAUACAACAACACCUCUUGAGCAACACAAAAAAAUGGUUGCAUGUGUUUGAAGGACCUCAAAGAGCUCAUCAAAGGAAACAAGGUAAAAUUUAGUUCAACGGGAGACGGCAAAGAGUCGUAAAUGCCGGUGCGGGUGUGCGUAUGCUUGUGUGACACCAAAGUGGCUUCUAUCCUGUAUAUGAUAUCGGUGUACAUAUUUCUUUAAGGGGUCAAAUGAAAUGUCCUGAUGCGUUCCCAUCAAGAAGUCACGUCCAUGUGUCUUUAAAAUAUUCACACGUUGUGUCAUAGGUCAAUUGAAAAAGUCGCUAUGUGUCAACGCGAUGUGCGAUGCAAGAGGAUUUUGCACAUUCAUAUUGCAUUAAUAAACGAAGGAGAUUGGAUUUUAAAUGUCAGAGUGAAUAUUACGGUAAGUAAAACUAUUUAGAGUCGAGUUUCAUUCAUGGUCAACUGUACAUUAGUGAUGCGUUUUUCAUGCCCGCUGUUCCUUUGUUCUAUUUCAUGCAACAUUAAGAGUAAAGUAUUUACAUGAUGGCGCUGACUUUACGGUAAAGGCAGGGUGAAUGUGAUUUAGAGAAAAAAAAAAAAAUGUGUCAAUAAGUAUGUCUUUGUUCAUUGUCUCUGGAUAAAACGUAUUAGACAUGUGUCGGUGAAGUCACUGUUCUGUGUCGGCCUCGUCAAAUAUUGUAUGACCGUGAGAGUGCUGUGGGGACUGUGGGGGAGGUAGGAAGUGACAUGCCGAUGGAAAAAGGAGGCGGGGUGGGGUGGGGGGGGGGGCUGGGGGGGGUUUUGGAUGGAAGCAGUGAGCCAAAGACAAUCAGGAAGUGAGGAACGACUGACUGUUGGAGGGGGUGGAAUACGGAGCCAGUCUCCAUGGUAACCUGCCAGUUGCGGAAUGGAUAGAGGAGUAGGGGGGGGGGGGGUCUCAUAUCUUUCAUGGUUGUAAAAUAGCAAAUGGCAGUAAUGCUGAGCUCAUCUGUCUGGGUAAAAAAAAAAAAAAAAGAAUAAAAACACUGACACAAGCA